AACGUCGACUGUGAUUAAUCUUAUUCGGAGAACAUGCGUACUAACUGGAGAGAUUGCAAGGCUUGGAAUGACGAUGGUCUUCCCAUGUCUACGACGAAUAAUGAAGCGUGCAAAUUAUUUGACGCCUCACUUACACAGUCAUAUGGAAUGUAUAACGAACCGUCCGUUGGCGGACUAGAAAACAGUGUGAAACAAAUGCUUACUGCUGAUCCAAAUUUUGUAAUGGGUAAUGUGCUUAAUAACAAUAUGCAACUGGGAGGAUGUGAGAAACCUCUACAUUUAAACUCAGAACUACAGAAAACAAUCGCGCAACUAAAAUCCUUGAAAGAGAAAGUCAAAACAAUUACAGAAAGGGAGAAAAGGCACAUUGGUGCUACCUGUUUGUUUGCUCAGGGAAAGCGAUAUGAAGCUAUUCAAGCUUGGGAGGACAUCUUGAUAGAUUAUCCUACGGACAUGAUGGCAGUCCGACAGUGUUUUCUGGGAAUGAUCAAUUUGGGGCUACAACAAGAAAACAAAGAUAUUAUGACAAGAAUUUUACCUCACUUUUCUGUCGAAACGCCUGGAUACAGUACGGUUCUGGGUUGGCAAGCAUUCUGUUUGGAAGAAAAUAAUUACUAUGACCUUGCAGAAAAAGUUGCAAAGAAGAGCCUGGAAUUAGAACGCCACGAGACCUAUGCAUCUCACACUUUAUCACAUGUGUAUUUGAUGCAGGGAAUGCAUGACAAAGGAAUUAAUUUUAUGCUGUCAACCGAGAGCGACUGGAACCGAUGCGAAUUUCUUGCCUGUCACAAUUACUGGCAUGUAGGAAUCUUUCAUGCUGAAAAGGGAGAUUUCAGGUCGGCAUUAGAAAUAUUUGAUUCACAGGUUGGAGUCCGAACACAAAGAUCUAAAAGUGAUUUCAAUUUAACCGAUGCCGCGCAUUUGCUGUACAGGCUAAAACUGGAAGGAGUUGAGGUGGGCAACCGUUCGUCUGUGUUAGAUGAGACAAGUGGUGUGUAUAUGUUUGGACACGGUCAGAUGUUCACUGAAGCACAUCUGUUUCUGAAAAGCUGUUGUGAUGAGGACAAAAGCAUAAAAGAAAAACAGCUUCAGUCUUUGAAAGAAUAUGUAAAAGAUAGUGAAAUGUGGGACAAUAAAACUGUAGUAAAAGAGGUUGGCAUUCCUCUUUGUGAAGGGAUACUGGCCUUUGAGAAUGGGGAGCAUGACAAAGCUACUGAUUUACUCUACCCACUACGCUACAACGUCAUACGAAUCGGGGGAAGCCAUGCACAGCGGGAUGUCUUUAACCAGAUCUUGAUAAAUGCUGCCUUAAGGUCCUCAAACACUAAGAACCGUCGACUGGGAAGGAUGCUGCUGAGUGAACGAAAACUGGCUAAGACAAGUGACAGCUGGACAGAUAGAAUGAUAGCCAAGUUCGUUGCAGAGCAUGGUUCAUAGGGUAUUCACAUCGAACUAGGCAAAAACCUUUUACACACUUUGUUAUGUAAAAAGGAUUAUUCAAGGACAUUUUAUAAAACGUGUUAAUUAAGAAUUAAUAAACAGAAAUGUUGUUGAG